AUGAGUCUCUGUGGAGAGAAUGAGGAGGUCACUGCCCCUGAAUGCUCAAACACUAAUCCGGACAGGUUAGACAGUGAGUCCAGGGAGAUAAACGGAAUAACAGAGGAUGGUCUCAGCGAUAUGGAGGAAGCAUGCUCCACAGACAGAGGAUAUAAAUCUGCAUUGGCUGAGACUGAAGUCUAUAAGAGAUUCAAAUCAAAUCUGAGGCAGAGGUUUCAGUGUGUUUGUGAAGGUUUAACAAAGCAAGGAAACCCUACAUUUCUCAGUGAGAUCUACACAGAGCUCUACAUUAUGCAGGGUGGAAGUGAAGAAGUCAACAAUGAAGUCAGACAGAUUGAAAUGUUCAGGAGAACAGAAACAGAGGACACACCAAUCAAAUGCAAUGACAUAUUUAACCCCUUACCUGGACAAGACAAACCCAUCAGAACUGUGCUGACAACAGGAGUCGCUGGCAUUGGAAAAACAGUCUCUGUACAGAAGUUCAUUCUAGACUGGGCUGAAGGGAAAGCCAAUCAGGAUAUCCACUUCAUAUUUCCACUUCCUUUCAGAGAACUGAAUUUGAUGAAGGACCAAAAACACAGUCUGAUGGGUUUACUUCAUGGCCUUUUCAGUGAAAGCAAAAUAUUUGACAGCAAUCAGCAUAAAGCUCUUUUCAUCUUUGAUGGCCUGGACGAGUGUCGACUAUCUCUGGAUUUUCAGAACAAUGAGAGGCUGUGUGAUAUAACAGAGUCAACUUCAGUGGAUGUGCUGCUGACAAACCUCAUACAGGGGAAUCUGCUUCCCUCUGCUGUCAUCUGGAUAACCUCCCAACCAGCAGCAGCCAAUCAAAUUCCUCCUCAAUAUGUUGACCGGGUCACUGAGAUACGAGGGUUUAGUGACAAACAGAGGGAAGAGUACUUCAGGAAGACAAUCACAGAUCAGGACCUGGCUGACACAAUUAUAUCUCAUCUGUGGUCCUCAAGAAGCCUAUACAUCAUGUGCCACAUACCCGUGUUUUGUUGGAUUUCCGCCACUGUUCUGGAGAGAAUGUUGGAUAAAGCAGAGAGGGGAGAGAUUCCCACAACACUGACUCAAAUGUACACACACUUUCUGUUAACUCAAAUUAAAAUCCGAGAAAACUGCAGUGAGAGCAAAGAGACAGACAAAGAAAUGAUUUUCAAACUCGGAAAAUUGGCUUUUCAACAGCUGGAAAAGGGCAACCUGAUCUUCUAUGAAGAAGACCUGAGAGAGUGUGGCAUUGAUGUCAGAGAGGUAUCAAUGUACUCAGGAGUGUUCGCCCAGAUCUUUAGAGAGGAGUUAAUGCUGGUUGGGUGCAAGGUAUACUACUUUGCGCAUCUGAGCAUUCAGGGGUAUUUUGCUGCUCUGUACAUUUAUGUCUCUUUUGUCAAUAGCAGCAGGAAUGUGCUUGAGCAAAGGGGAUUGUCUAAGCUUAAAACCAGCAUCAAAGAUGAGGCUCAGUUACAUCUAAGUGCAGUGGAUCAGGCCUUGAAGAGUGAGAAUGGACACCUGGACUAUUUCCUUCGUUUCUUACUGGGUCUCUCACUGGAGUCCAAUCAGACUCUUCUCGAGGGUCUGCUAAUACAGACCAAAAGCUGCUCACAAAACAAGAAAGAGACAAUCAAGUACAUCAAGAGGAAGAUCAGAGAGACUACAUCUCUAUAUAAAUCUAUCAAUCUAUUUCACUGUCUGGAUGAACUGAAUGAUCACUCUCUCGUGGAAGAAAUUCAGCAUUACCUCAAGUCUGGGGAUCUAUCCAAAACAAAACUCUCAUCUUCUCAACUGUCAGCUUUGGGCUUUGUGAUUCUUACCUCAAAAGAGGAGCUGGACGUGUUUGAUCUUAGUAACUAUACAGUCAGGUCAUCGAUCACAGGAGAUGAAGUUGUUUUGAGGUUGUUGCCAGUGGUGACAGCAUCCAGAAAUGCAAAGCUUAUUGACUGUGCUCUGACAAAGAAGGGUUGUGAAAUUCUAGCCUCUUCUAUCAGCUCAAAUUUCUCCUGUCUGAGAGAACUUGACCUGAGUGUGAAUAAUCUAAAAGAUUCAGGAGUGAAGCUGCUCUCUGCUGGACUGGAGCAUCCUCACUGUAAACUGGAGAAACUGAGACUGACAUAUUGUAACCUGACCAAAGAAAGUUGUUUAGAUCUGGCCUCAGUUCUAAACUCCAUCUCCUCCAAUCUGAGAGAACUGGACCUGUGUGAGAAUAACCUGGGAGAUUCAGGAGUGAAGCAUCUCUCUGCUGGACUAAAGAGCCCUCACUGUAAACUGGAGAUACUGAAGCUAGUAAGUUGUAAACUGACGGAAGAAAGCUGCUCUGCUCUGGCCUCCAUUGUCAGACCAAACUCCUCCAGUCUGAGAGAGCUGGACCUGAGUCACAAUAAUGUACAGGAUUCAGGAGUGAAGCUGCUCUCUGCUGGACUGGAGAAAUCGCUCUGUGACCUGGAGACACUGAGGCUGAGUAAGUGUAACCUGACAAAGGAAGCAUGCACAGUCCUGGCCUCAGCUCUCACCUCAAGCUCUUCCAGUCUGAGAGAACUGGACCUGAGUGAGAAUAAUCUGUGUGAUUCAGGAGUACAGCAGCUCUCUGCGGCACUGGAGAAUUCUCAGUGUAAAUUGGAGAUACUGAGGCUCUGGGACUGUAAACUGACAGAGAAAUGCUGUGAAGCCCUGGUCUCAGGUCUUAGUUCAAACCCCUCCAGCCUGAAAAAGCUGGACUUGGGUAAAAACAGUCUGCAGGAUUCAGGAGUGGAGAAGCUCUCUGCUGGGCUGAAUAAUCCUCACUGUAAACUGGAGAUACUGAGACUGUGGAAUUGUAAACUGACAGAGGGAAGUUGUGAAGCACUGGCAACAGCUCUCGGCUCAAACUCUUCCAGCCUGAGAGAGCUGGACCUGAGUGAGAAUAAUCUUCAGGAUUCAGGAAUGCAACUUCUUUCCGCUGGACUGGAGAAUCCUGAGUGUAAACUGGAGAAACUGAUGCUAAAGUUCUGUGGGGUCACAGAUGAAGGCUGUGCUGCUCUGGCUUCAGCUCUGAGAUCAAACCCCUCCCACCUGAGGGAACUGGACCUGUACUGGAACAGAGUAGACAGUUCAGGAAAGAGUCUUCUUUCUACUCUGCGGGAUGAUCCAGGGUAUAAGUUGACAAAACUUCGCUGUGCGGCGACGGGAUUGGAUUGGCGGAGACACGUGGGAUUCUGUCGGUACCUGUAG